ACCUCUACUUUGUGAGUUGGGAUUUUGAAAUGUAAAUAAGAAGUAACAGGUCUUUAAAUGAGGCCUUCAGUAGUAAAAAAAAAAAAAAAAAAUUAUGGAAAUCUUUAUUAUAUAUUUCCUCUUCCAGAUUAGAAUUCACCACAUUCUUUGCGAUUUACAUUCUCAGAUGAUAAAAACAAGGUGAAGUAGAAAUUGUACACGUCACUACAUGUUGUGUGAAUUAAAUUGAUGGACCCUAUGAAAAUAAUAAUUCCAAUAAAUAUUUUUUGGAUCUCUUUGAUUUGCAAGCAUGUUAAUACAUAAAAGAAACAUAAAAAUAUCUUAAUGAACUAUAAAAAAAAGGCAAUGGGAAAUGUUGAAAUGCAUGAAUUAGAACCGGUACGAGCUGAUGAAAGAAAGGAAUUGGAUCUAAGUCUUCCAAUUGACUAUAAAACAUAUUGCAAGGAAUGUUAUAACAUAAUCCUUGAUGAAUGAAACUUUACUUGAUAUUCUUGAAAUAUAUGCAUAUUGAUGGAAAGCCUUCUAGCAAGUGUUUAACUGAACUUCCUUCUCCCUUAACAGAAUCCAUUUCAUUAUAUGAAAGAGUCAACUUAUCUUUUAACUGCUUGUCAACUCUGCCUGCUGACUUGCCACUGAGAUUGCCACACAUUUCAUUUUUAGAUUUAUGUUAUAAUCGAAUUUCGAAGUUACCUGAUAGUCUUGGUCUUUUGUUCCACUUGAAAGACCUGCUUUUAUCACAUAACUGUUUAGAAGUCUUACCGCAGGCAAUUACUCGACUUGUAAAGCUGCAAAAAAUUGAUGUCUCCCAUAAUGUUUUGCAAGAAUUACCUGAAAAGAUAGGUGAAAUGGAAUCACUUAAAAAACUUAAUGUUAGCCAUAACAAACUUAAAAGUCUUCCUAAGUCAUUGGGGUAUAGUGAUACUAUUAAAGUAAUUUUAGCAGGCUCUAAUUGUUGUGUAUCUCAGCCCCCACAGAAUAUUUGUGAUGGUGGUUCUGAUCAAACUAUUAGAUUUUUGAAACAGCUUGCAUCUGGGAAAAUCUUGUCGAAAGUAGAAAGGGAAGUUAAUAUUUUCCCUAGAGUUCGAGGCAAUGUAGUCCAAACAGCUGUGCCUAAUUCAGAUUCAGCACUUGCUCAGUAUGUGCAAAUACAGACUGAAACCAUGAAUACUGCAAGCAGAAUUCGAACACCAUUACUGCCACCUUAUGAUGCUACUCAGCUCCAUCCUGAUGAGUUAAAAGAUAAAAUUAUAGGUCUUAUAUAUGGUGCUGUUAUUGGAGAUGCUUUAGGAAUAGCUACAGAAUUUCUAUCCCAGGAUGAAUGUCAGUUCUACUAUGAUGAAGAAACGCUGACGUAUGCAGAUAUUAUACGUGAUGAGCAUAGAGUACAUUGGGCCAAAGGUGACUGGACAUCUAAUUCAGAUCAAAUGUUACUUGUCUUGGAUUCUCUUCUUCAGUGGGCUGGUGUUGUAGAUGAACUUGAAUUUGCAAAGCGGCUUGUAGCUUGGAAGAAAAGUGGCAUACCAGAGCUUGGUCAAAGAGAAAGCUAUAUGUUUUCAACUACAGUCAACUUGGUGUUGCAAGCUGACAAUUACAGCCAAAAUCCUCACCAAGUAGCUCAGGAUAUUCAUAAAAAUGAUGGUAUGGGACAAGCAAAUGGAAGCAGUCACAUGAUAAAAUCACCUCUAUUUGUUGAUAGUGGGUCUUUGCCUCGGUCUCUGGUUUUAGGUAUACCUCGUUUUCAUGAUUUAAAUGAAGUUACUUCAAAUUCCGUACGAAUAUGCUUAGCUACACAUCAAGAUGAGAGAUGUGUUUCAGCAUGUGUAUCUUUAAGUGUUGCCAUUGCUCUCUUACUUCAGGGUAAAUUUUCAGUUGAUGAUCCUUCCCAAACUGAAGAAUUGCUGAAGUUCUCUACCCAGUGUGGUUUGAAUUAUAUUAAAGAUGAAGGCAUUCAAAAGGAAUUUAUUCACUACUGUACAUAUAGUGACUUUAAUAGUAUUGGAGUAUCGGAAAUUGGAAAGGUGUGCCAUCCGUUUAAGGCAUGUGCUACUGCAUUUACAGCUCUUCGACAAGGAAAAGACUUUAAGAAGACAUUAACCAGUUUAUUGAUGCUUGGUGGCUAUAGUAGUAUGACAGGUUGUAUUAGUGGAUCACUUUUAGGUGGCAAAUUUGGUUAUUCUCGACUGCCAAAACAUUGGAUUGAAGGCUUAAAUCUGAAAAAUAGGGAAUGGCUAAAUAGUAAAAUCAACGCAUUGCUAGAUAUGAUGGGUCUUCCAUAAUAUGGCUAAGUAAUUUAUAUCUUGGUUGUAUAACUGGUUGUAAAUAAAGUUAUUAUAAUUGAUAAAGAAUGUAUUUAUAAAAAUAAUUAUUGAAUGUUGUGCUGCAGAUUACCAAAAAAAUCACUCUUUCCAUUGAUAUGCUGAUUUUUUAAUAUUUAAUGUUACAUUCACUACAGUAAAAAAAAAAAAAGUAAUUUAUAUAUUAAAUUUUCUUGUAGUGAAUAAUUAUGUAGCUCAACAAGAAGUAAUUUAUAUAUUUAUUAUUGUAAAUAAUUUGGAAUUAAUAAAGUCUUUAUUUAUAAAAAAAAAAUUAUUGAAGGUUUUAUGGUACAAAGUACCAAAAAGUCAAAUUCUCUCUCAAUUACUGUGCUUUUAUAUAUAUAUAUAUAUAUAUAUAUAUAUGAUAUUACAAUCAUUAUAAGAAAUUGCUUUGUUUAAAUAAAUACAUAUAUGCAUAAGUAAUUUAUUUUCAGUAAUAUACAUAUAAAUUACUUAGACAUAUAUUUUAGUAGUCAUUAGAAUUAAUGAAGUCUGUAUUUAUUAAAAUGAUUAAUGAAGAUUGUGUCACAUAUUACCAUAAAACAAAAUUUUGUUUAUUACUAUACUGAUGUUUUUUAAUAUUGAAAACAAUAUUCAGUGUGAAAAGCGAUUUGAUAAAAAAAAUAAUUUAUAUUGUUGCAAAUAGAAUUCAUAAGUCUAUAUUUUAAAAAAUAAUUAUUGAAAAGUGUUAUAAAUUUUUUUAAAAAUCAAUCUCAAUUACUGUACUGAUCUUAUAUAUAUAUAAUAUUACAGUCAUUACUAGAAACUGCUUGAUAAAAAUAUGUUAACUUUUUUUAUGCCUUGUUUGUUAAAUAAUGUUCAUAUAUCAAUGAAUAUAAAUUUAUUUUUCAAUUUUUUACAUUGUUAAUUUUUAAAAUAAAUAUCAGCAUGCAGAUUUGAUGUAUAAUUACUUUUGUGUUCAGUUUUGAUACAUGUCAUAUUUUUUGUCUGUACUUUGCACAAUACUUUUAUGCUGUUCCAAAUUUAUCUAUCUAGCAUAUAUAACUUCCCCAGUCUUCUGUGGAAGUAUAUAUUUUUGUAAUAUGCUUUUAUGCUUGUUUAUUGUUGGCUAAUAAAAUAUAUGUAUACAUA